CGCCGGCGAAAUAACGUUGAAGUCCAGGCUUUUGCGCUCCUCUUUUAUGGGUUCUAGUUAUCGCACCUCCUCCUUCUCCUUUUCUUCUCCUCUCCUCGACACAGUGCGGCGCGGCGCCCAGCUUGUUAAGCAGGACUCAGGCCAACGGCGACGACGAUCGGAGGGCGGAAACAGUGAGUAGCUUCUUCAGCUCUUUGCCUUGGCGCUCGCUAAAGACUCGUCCUUAUGAUUCUUUCUGGUUGGGGAGGGAAUAGGUGUGGAAAAAGAUAGCCCGUGCUUACCUUUUGUUUUUUGUCGGCGGGAGGAGGAAAACCCCUAGAAAAAGAAGUUUUCUUGGUGUGUGUUCGGUUGCGGUUUUUGGAUCUGCCCUCCGGCAGUGACGUCAAAGAUCGGCGGGUAUCCAGUGGCGGCCAGAGGCUUUUGGUCGGAGGAGGCUUCCUCGGGCUUGCUUUAUUUAUAAAGUCGUUGGGUUUUAGAGCUCGAUGCUCUUUGGAGCAGGGUAAAUUGAUGCCUCCCGAACCAUUGCCAUGGGAGCGCAAGGAAUACGCGUCCAAGGAUCACCGGAGGCACGAGCGCGGGGAUGCCCCUGGCGGCUGCGGAGGCGGUUCCUCAUCUUCCACGAGGUGGAGGGAGUCCUACCAAGGUUCCUAUGACUUUUACCGCGCAUCCCCCCGCCGACACCCUUCAGGUCAUUAUCGGCAGGGCGGAGGUUACUACCAGGUAUAUCCGGAGGACUCGGCUCCGCGUGGGUUCACACCGUCUCAUUCUGACAGAUUUUUGACGGAAGAUGAUGGUUUUAGGUCCCCUUCUGGUAGAUAUUCUAACGGCUACCGCAGCGCAUAUAGUAGGGAGCUCCAAGGAUCUCUUCGGCGAUCCCCUUCCCUGGAUGUAGGUGACAUCCCCAGACAACAAGACCAUCAGGAAAUCAAUGCGACCGACUUCCCCAGACAGCCAAACCAUCAGGAAAGCAAAGCAAUCAACUUCCCCAAGCAUCCAUACCAUCAGGAAACCAAUGCUACUGACUUCCCCAGACAGCCAAACCAGCAAGAAACCAAACCAAUCGACUUCCCCAAACAACCAUACCAUCAGGAAACCAAUGUGAUCAACAGGCCAGUCACUGCUCUGGUUUCUUCAGCAUCUCAGACCUCAUUAAACAAAGAGAAUGAUAAAAUUGAUGGUGCUGAUGGCUUGGGCACUGGCCAAAUAUCUGGUCAUCAGGACCAAUCAUUGGGUUUGAUACCCUGGAAGAAAUGGAGCCGCCCUGCCUCAACCAAGGACAAAUCUAAGAUGGAGGAUACUGGAACUAAGGUUGGAUUACCUUUGGAGAAGGAAACUCCUCCCUGGGCUCCCGUAGUCUCUUCUUUUGCUUCAACUGAAAGUGCUUUUAAGAAACCACGACUUGGAUGGGGGCAGGGGCUUGCCAAAUAUGAGAAGCAAAAGGCAGAAGGAUCUACAGAACCUUCUGUUGGUGGAUUGCUUGCAUGCUUGUCACCGUCAACUACAUGCAGCUCAUCACAAGGUGCUGAAGAUAAGUUUUGCAGCAGGGUUGGGAAUAAUGAUGCUAGUCUGAUGCAAAACUGUGAUUUGCUUGCAUCCACAUUUCCUUCUUCCUACGAGGAGGUCCUCGCAAAUUUGGAUAAUUUGCAGGUCAAUUAUAUCAGUUCUUUUGAUUCCCUGCUUGCUGAUUUGAUUCAAUCUGAGGAUUCUUUUGGUGGUGAUUCCAAUUUAAUGGGGCAAUCUUCUGUGAACAAACUAUUGAAAUUGAAGAAGCACGUUUCAAAUGCAUAUGAGAAGAUAGAGAAUAAAAUUGAUUUACUAGAAAAGGAGCUCAAGGCAAUUAUAGGUGAUACUAAAACUGAUGCUUAUCUAGAUUCUAUGAAACCAUCAGAUUCUCUUGCUUCUAAGAUGAGUAGAAUGCCAUUAGACGAUUUAUCAAAUGAACAUAAGCAUUUGAAGGAUCAGCGAGAAAAUUGUAUGGAAGAGUUAUCCCUUGAAGACAAUGAGCACAGGCCUUCAAGUAUAUUUGUUGAACAUGAAAUUUUGACUGAAAAAACACUUUCUUCUUUUGAAAAAGAACCCCCUGGUAGCAGGUUGGAGAAAUUGGCUGCAAGUGCUUCAUUAAUUGAAGCUGAAAGGUUAAAGACUACUGAACUAUCAGAUACGAUUGAGUCACAUGGAAGAGGGAGAUUAAUGGUUCCCCAUGAAGUUGAUAUUAGACCUUUUGUGGAUGACAGCGUGUCUAUCGGUUCUAGAGGUACUAUUCAGGGGAUGGCAGAUUCUAAUUUAGUAAAUUUAAUUAAGAAUUCCAACAGGAGUAGUUCAAAACUUGCCAGGGAAGUAUUUGAUUUUGCACUCCCAAAAGAUCUGCCUCAGUCAGAUAAUUGGGGAUUAGUUGAUUUUACAUCAUGCCAUAAGCAUGACAUGGAAAUCAAAGAGAAGCUUUCAACAAUAAAGUGUCGACAAAAAUUUAAAGAACAUGUUCUUGCUCUUAAAUUUAUGGCACUGCGUCACUCAUGGAAAGUUAAAAGAUUUCGCACUAAGUCAAGCCGGCGGUCUGAACUUAGCAAUCCUUCAUUUCAAAAUGGUUCUCAAAAGCAACGUUCAAACCGAUCUCGACCUACCUCAACUGCAGGUACAUUAACUUUGGUUUCUACAACAGAAAUAAUGCACGAUUCAAGUAAAUUACUGUCAGAUUCACAUAUCAAGCCUUGUAGAAAUCAUUUGAAGAUGCCAUCACUAUUAAAUGAUAGGGACAAGAGGUGCACUAGGUUUGUUAACCAUAAUCGACUAAUCGAAGAUCCUCUGAGUUUUGAGAAGGAAAAGGCAAUGAUAAACCCAUGGUCACAUGAUGAAAAAUUAGUUUUCAUGGAGAUGCUUGCCAGGUAUGGUAAAGAUUUCACUAAGAUUUCUUCCUUUCUGGACCAUAAAACUACAGCAGAUUGCAUUGAAUUUUAUUACAAAAACCACAAGUCAGACGGGUUUAAAGAAGUGAAGAAACAGUUGUAUCUCAGAAAGCAGCAUCAGUCUUUGCCAGCCAAUACCUACCUUGUAGCAUCAGGAAAGAAUCGGAAUCGCAGAAAAAAUGUUGAAUCUCUUGAUUUAUUGGGUGCAGCAACAGUUAUGGUGGCACAAAAUGAAUAUACCAAGAAGAUUGGAAAGCAUGCAGGAAGUACUUCAUCCAGGGAUUCUGUUUAUUUUUAUGGAGCAAACAAAGUUAACAUAUCUUCUCAAGAAAGAGAAUCUGUUGCUGCUAAUGUAUUAGUAGGGAUUUCUAGCACACGAUCCUCAGAGGGUAUCAGCUCACAUGAUACUUGUUCUGUUGGGCAUGCUAAGAAUAUGAAUGAAGAGGCGAUCCUAGACGUGGAUGAUACCUGUUUUUCAGAUGAAGGCUGUGGAGAAUUGGAAUCGGCCGAUUGGACAGACAAAGAGAAGAUUAUGUUUAUCCAAGCUUUGAGCAUGUAUGGAAAGGAUUUCACAAGGAUUGCAGAUUGCUUAAGAACAAGAUCAAAAGAACAAUGUAAGAUUUUCUUCAGCAAGGCUCGAAAGUGCCUUGCUCUUGAUGCAAUUAAUCAAGGUUGUACUGCUGGGGUUACGCCAGUAAGCCUAACAAACAGAGGAAUAAGUGACAUAGAUGAUACUUGUGGUCUAGAGAUGAAUUCUGCAGUCUGCAGUACACAAUCUUGUUCCAAAAUUGAUGAUGAUGUCUCCCAGCCUGUAGCAAACAAUGGUUAUGAGGGAAUAGCAAACAAUGGCUAUGAGGGGAUUGCCCGUUGUGCUAGCACUGAUUCCCAUGUUGAAACUGAGAGUUCAUAUGAGCAGGAUAACAAUGUUUUAGAUAAAGGCAAUCCUGAGAGCGACAAUAAAGCUGAUAAGCAGAUGACCAUUUCUUAUGAUGUUAAGCAGACGUUCAAUGAGGACAAUCUUCAAUCUGAUGUGCCACUAAAGCAAAGCAUUGUUGCUGCAUCAGGAUGUGAAGCUGUAAAAUAUGAGGCUGCAGAUUCAGCUAAUGGGGAAGUAAACUUUGAAGAAACUGGCAGUAUUAUCUCUCUCCCAGUGUCCAUUGUCUCAAUCAGAAAAAGUGAGCAAGUUGAAGAAUGUCUGGAAGCUGUGCCAAAACAAAUAACUGCCAGUGUUUCCUCUGUUAGAGAUAUUGUUGAAUGUUCUCCUGCUGAAAGUAUGAAGAAGAAAGCAGAUUCAAAUUCAUCGUGUGCUACUGAGGUUGGGUUGUGGAACAAAAAAUUAACCAACAUCAACUCCAUUGCAAAUGAAAUUGUUCCUCCUUCAACUACAAAAGCUUCAGCUCAAAACAGAGUUCAGAUGGUCUCAGCAAAUAAUGCCAACUGUUGUCGCUGCUUGACCUUUGAUUCACAAGUAAAACAUGAUAUGCACCCAUCUGCUGCUAAGAAUCCGCAGACCAUCUUGUUGAAGCAGGAAAAUGAUGAUUCUGUACCAUUGAAUUCAUUUGUAGCAAAUCCAAGUAGUGUGUGUUUUAGGUGCUCUCCUUGCAUAUAUUCGGAGGCCCUCACAAGCUUUCUGCCACUCCAUGUUGAUCAAAAUAUGUAUAUUGUGAAAAGCUAUCCGUUGCAGUCACUCAAACAGGAAGCCAAUGGGAAAGCUAACCCCCCUGCACUUGAGCAGCUGAGUCAGCAUCAGGUGGAAAGUGAAAAAAAGGAAGUAUCCAGACCAAACCAUUUUUUAGCAUCAGAUAAGUACUGGAAAAGCAAUAUCUCUACUCCACAUUUGGCAUCUGGUGGGAUGUCUCUAAGUGAAAAUCAGUCAGAGAUUGAAGUGAGAACUUGUUUCAAGAACUGUGCCGUGGAUGUAGAGAAACCUAGACCUGGAGAUCUGAAACUUUUUGGUAAAAUUCUUAGCACAUCCACACAGAAACCUGGCUCAUCCUCCAAUGGGAAUAUUCAAAUAUCUUCAUUGCCAAAGAUGGAUGGUGCUUCAAAAAUGAUUAGUUCUAGUGAUAUUAAAGAUGCUAAUCAACUAGUAAAUGCUGGUUCAGGUCAAGUGAACCUAGAAACAACUUAUGGUUUCUGGGAUGGAAAGAGAAUACAGACUGGUUUUUCAUCGUUGCCGGAGACUGCUUCCAUAUUUUACAAGUACCUAGAAGCACCAACCAGUACGUCCCAUUGUCCAGUCAAAGAUGGCAUUGAUCAUAAUAGUUUUCUCACAGAAUACCAGCAGCCCUAUAUGCCGCCACUGUCAGCUAAUCUGAAGCAGAUAGAUACUAUUCCUGGGCUUCGGAAAAGAACUCAAAUCAAUAUGAUUCCAGGGUUUCAGCAGCAAGUGCGGGUAACACCUCUUGGUACAAACAUGAUUGGUGGCAGAAUGUUGGUUGGUGGAGUGGUGUCGGAUCCAGUUCCCACCCUCAACGUGCAUUUUGCUGCAAGGACUGAGGUAUUUAGCAGUGACACAGAACCAUGGAGAGGAGACAUGGGAAGCAGGUUGUAGGAGGCAAGCUUGAUCAAGUAGGUACUGAAUGGUUUUGUAGGUUUGAUUUUUUGUUUAGGCGUUUUCUCUUCGCCAAUUUGUAUCAUAUUUACCUUUUGUAACUUGCAGCAAAUUAAACAUGGUUGUGGAAUUCCUAUUCCUCACCAUAUGGGCAUGGUUCUUUUUUCCUUCUGUUAGAUUAGCUUGAGUUUUUGUAUAUUCUUUAUUACAUAUACAAAAUCAGCUACGGCUGGAAUGAGCGAGCUGCCAAAUAAUGUUCCAAGCUUGUGGCCGGUCAGAAAAAAAAAAGCUCAAAUGAUUGGAGAAUGUUAUUAAUGCUCUUGUGAUGAGACUCCUAUUGACGGAAUGUGUUUUUAGUUUUCAACUCA